AGUUUGCAUGCUUUUGUGUCACCGUUUUGAGUCACCUUGCACAGCUCACAAAGCAGCAGAGCUGUUCUCAGAGCUGUUCAAAGGCGAAAGGGGCGGGUUUGUGGCGGACGAGCUGAGCAGGUUCCGUUUCUCUGGCAAAGUACUUGCGCUCUUGUGCUUUGAAUACUUCCAUCUUUGAAUCGGGUCUGAUCUGGUCCUCAGAAAGGAAACUAAAAAGGGAGGCAUAUUUUUGAUUGACAACGAAGAUCAGCGCCUGCGCCACACGCUAUUCUGCUCGAAAGUUUUACAGAUUCUUACAUCGUCUGGUUGGAAACAGCAGCAAGGAUGUCGUACGCCUACCUCUUCAAGUAUAUCAUCAUAGGAGACACAGGGGUUGGGAAAUCGUGCCUGCUUCUACAAUUUACCGACAAGAGAUUUCAGCCUGUUCAUGACCUCACUAUUGGGGUUGAGUUCGGGGCACGCAUGAUCAACAUCGAAAACAAGGCGAUCAAGCUGCAAAUUUGGGAUACAGCGGGCCAGGAGUCAUUCCGGUCAAUCACAAGGUCUUACUACAGGGGCGCUGCAGGAGCCCUGCUGGUGUAUGAUAUCACCAGGAGGGAGACGUUCAACCACUUGGCCAGCUGGUUGGAGGACGCACGGCAGCACGCCAACUCCAACAUGACUAUUAUGCUUAUUGGGAACAAGAGCGACCUGCAGCACCGGCGGGCGGUGAGCACAGAGGAGGGGGAGCAGUUUGCCAAGGAGAACGGCCUCAUCUUUAUGGAGACCUCCGCAAAGACCGCGCACAACGUGGAGGAGGCGUUCAUCAACACUGCUGGUUCGAUCUACAAGAAGAUUGAGGAUGGGGUGUUCGACGUCUCAAACGAGAGCUACGGCAUCAAAGUAGGCUAUGGAAGCGGAGGGGGAGCUGGGGCAGGCUUAGGGCGGAGCGAUGCGCAGGCGAGUCGGAGUGCGUGCUGCAGUUGAGAGUUUCCAGGGGAUGUCUCGUGGACGGUUUCGGAUACAUAGAGACUUGGGUUGAGUAUACAGAUGACAAGGACCGGACUUGCUUCGGUUUCUCACCAAAGCUUUAGAGCAGUCUCAGUAUCUCCGUUCAUGCUAGACCAUAAAGUAGAGGGGGGCUUUUGUCGCGAUGUGCAGGGCUAAAGCCCUCAUGCAGUGAUCUCAGAUGCCCAGUGUACAUAAUUAAGGUACCUGCAAAAGUUUCUUGCUUGAAAACGGGCUUUGCAAACUAAUGUCGACCUUAUAAGCUAUAUUUCCUUUUUGUCUAUAUUUGGUUCUCGGCAGAUCGAUUUAUUAACCACUGCUCGUCUGUCGGCACAAUCAAUGUAGUCGCAGAUUGAGUCCGGGCCUGCAUUUGAGAGGGAUGCAAGAGGUG